GAACACAUAUAAACAACAAACAACAAAGUAAACUAACAAUCUAUAACAGCAAAAUAACCAAACAACAAAAGACAAGUGCAAAUACAGGUGUGUUAGGAGCUGGACUAGUGAUUGGACUAGUGCUCGUUGAUGAGUCGGGACUAGAGUGGGUACUGUGCUCCGGUGGUAGCGGUCAGUGCGGGCACCAGUUUGUGGGCGGCGCGUAGGGCCCGGCGAGGCGGCGGCGCGUCGGGGGGUAGCAGGUCGCGAUGGCGUGGACGGCACAGCAACUUCAGGCCAAACUGCUGCAAUGAGAUGGUGUAGUGAGUGGCGAGGAUGCCCAGUGUGAGCACCAGCAAGGAGACCUGCGACCCAGUAACAUGCUUCAUGGCCAAUAAUUUGCGCGGCCUGCACUGGCAGCUUGAGCCGGAGUUCAAGGUCCUGUACUUCAGCGUACGGCCGCGGGGCGGGGCCCGCGAGCACGUCUAUCGGUCUGUCAACUUGUGCAAGCGCUCUUCGCCGCACAGGUUCUGGCAUUCCAUGGAAACCCUCCGCCAAAGGCACCCUGACGCAAAAAUAAUUCUGUCAGUGCAUCAGGGGAAGGAGUAUUUCUCGUACUACACCGUGUACCCCUGGCGGAAGGACCUGUAUGGGCACAUGGCCGACCUCCCAGUCAGCGAGACGCUGGAUGUGCCUCAGCUGCUGGACCGCUACAGCGCUCUCUUCAGUAAUACCCCACAAAGAAAAACUCGGAAGAAAAAGAGAGAGUGAUAGA